UUCUUUACGACUUGUAUAAUGUAGACGAGGCUGCAUGCGUCACGGUGUCGCGACUAUCGCGGUGUCGCGGUGUCUCGUCAUGUACAACUUUUCUCGUCAACUGCGUCAAGCGUACGUAUCGUUGAGUUGUUUUCUCGGAAACCGAUACGCCUUGCCGUUGGCAUGGAGUCGUCGACGAUUUUUAGAAAUUACGUUUAACCGUUGGAGUGCGGGCAAUAACUCGACCGUGGAAAUCGUGGAAUCGCUCGUCCCGAAUGAAAUGACACGAACUUUACAUUCUUCGAAUAUAUCUUGCCUGAAAAGAGACAUUGCAAACCUGUGCAAAAAGAAGAUGGCAUCUUCCAAACCGUCCUCUGGACUAUUAGAUUUUGAAAUUUCUUAUGACGAGUUCAAAGCUAAAGUACAGCAACUAGAGGGAGAGCAAGAGACGCCCACAGUCUGGAUCAUUGACGUCAGACAACCAUCUGAGAUCAAAGAGACCUCUUCGAUACCAGGAAGCAUUAAUAUACCAUUGGAUACAAUUACGCAAGUAUUCAAAGAGAUGUCGGCAGAAGACUUUAUGAAUGAAUAUAAAAAACCAAAGCCGUCUGUUGACAAUGAAAUCAUAUUUAGCUGCAUGUCUGGCCGGAGAAGUCAGAGUGCGGUAAAACAAUUGGAGAAAUUGAAUUACAAAAAGGUAUACAGUUUUUCUGGAGGCUGGUCGCAGUGGGACAAAGAAAAGAAAAGAGAAGAAGAGGGGAAAAAAUGAAAACCGUGUAACAAUGGUAAGGCAAUAAAAAAAUAGAAAAGUCUAAGUAAUCGAACAUAAAGAGGAAGUUACCAUUGCGAUCUUAUUAAUAGAAUAUUUCCACCGUUGCACUGAUUUUAUAUGUAAUAAUUUUGUGAUGCUCUUUUAUGCAAAUAAUAAAAAGUAAAGAUUUAUUUUGAUGCAUUGGAUGGACACUUUUUUUUCCGAUUGCUGUUGCCAAAGUUGUAUAGAAAAUAAGGAAAACAUUACUAUUUAUCCAAAUGUACAUACAUUGAUAUUUUCUAUAUACAUCAUCUUCGUACACCUAAUGAAAUCUUAAGUUUAUAUAAUAUGUAUAUACACACAAGUACACAAUGACACGAGAAACUGUGUCAAUGUUACACUCGAUAAAGUCAUCAAUUCUUCUCCUGCGCCA